AUGCCUCGAAACCAGUCAGCUCAGAACGCUGAACGUUGGCGAGAUCAAGGUUUGCCCUUGCAUACAAGACCUCGAUACUCUAACCCGGCGUACGAUGGUCCCAAUGCUGCCGCCAUAGCCCCAGUAGGGCAACCCCGAGCGAUCACCACCUACAGGCGCAGAGGAUUGCAGAAGCCGGGAAUCGAAAUCGGUGCGCAUGCGGUGAUUCAUAUGAAAGAUACCGACCCGGAGAAGAUGAAUAUAAAAUAUUACGAUCUUGCGAAACAGCCAUUGGCCGUUGAGCCGGCCUCCAUGACCGAAAAACUGCUUCCAUCUUCUGUCGUGCAUGUUGGAAAAAUUCACACCGUUGAAUUCAACCAGAAGGUCAAAGAAGUUGGUGUCCUCACCGGCGAGUCGAGGAAAAGGCUGAGGGGGUAUAUAAAUGACAGUCUGAACUUAGAUGCUCUAGAACAUGAUAAGAAGUAG